CGUGCCGCUCCCCCUCCGCCCGGCCUCCAGUACCUUCCAGGAGGGCCUGGGCCUGCGAGAGGGAGGAGGGAGCCGCCCAGAGCUGUGGCGCAGCAGGAAUUCCCGCUCCGGCGAGGCCCGAGGGAAGCGGGAGGGCGAAGGGGGCGCUGUUCCUGCGGGGCCGCCUCCGGGCCCGCGUGAGAAGCUGAGGAGGGGGCGGAAGCGGUCGCAGGACGGCGGUGCCGGGAGGGUGAUGCCCACGGUUAUUUUUACUCAGUCGCCUCAUCCUUUCUGGCUACCUGCGCGGAGGGGCGGCGGCAAGGCAGCGGCCGCAGUGGUCGCUCCGUAGCCCGGCCCCUGCGGCCUUGCCGGGCUGCUGUGAGCGCCGCCAGCGCAGCAGCCUAUAAAGGGCCGAGAAUGCAGCUCUACAGCACUAUCGUCACUCAUUAUCCGGCGGCGGCGGCGGCGAGCGGCGCAGCCAGCGGGCCGGGAGUCGUUUUCAAAGUCUCUCCUUCGCCGGAGCCCGCAGGACAAAGCCCGGUGGGAGUCGAGAGCGGUGCGGGAGGAGGCGGAGGAGGGAGCGCGAGUGCCGUCGCAGCGGGAGCAGCCACCGCCAUGCCCGCCUUCUCUUGCCUGGAGCUGCUGCCCCCGGCGGGGCCCGUCCAGAGGAAGCCGCCGCCGCCGCCACAGCACCAGCCAUCACAGGGCUUUGGCCCCGCGGUGCAGAUGACCCGCCGCCGGCCGCUGGAGAGGGUCGUGCCCAUCCGGCUGCUGCCUCGCCCGGAGCCCGUCGGAGCGGUGGGGGAGCUGGGCCCGCCGUCAGCGCCGAAUGCCCACCCGUGGCUGCUGCUGGAGAGCGGCGGGGGCGAGGUCGUGGCCGCCGCCCAGCCCGCCUUGCCUCCAGAGCCCAGCAACCGCGGCCUCCGCUUCAGCGAGCAUUGCCAGGCCUUGCAAGCGGCGGCCGCAGCCGGCUCCUACUCAGGACUCGCCGUUGAGCCUCAGCCAGGGACCGCGUUGGAAGUUCCCGAGGAGGAGAGCCCCUGCCAGGUGCGUCCGACGGAGCGGAGCGAGAAGCUGGCGCUGUACCUGGCCGAGGUGGAGAAACAGGACAAGUACCUGCGGCACAAAGGCCGCUUCCGUUUCCACAUCAUUCCCGACGGCAACUGCUUGUACCGCGCCGUCUGCAAGGCCGUCAACGGGGACCAGCGGCUGCACGGGGAUCUUCGCGAACAGACGGUGCACUACAUCGCCGACCACCUGGACCACUUCAGCCCCAUCAUCGAGGGCGACGUGGGCGAGUUCCUCAUCAACGCUGCCCAGGACGGUGCCUGGGCAGGCUACCCCGAGCUUCUGGCCAUGGGACAAAUGCUGAACGUCAACAUCCACCUCACCACUGGGGGGAGGCCGGAGAGCCCCACCGUCUCCACCAUGACCCACUACCUGGGCCCAGAGGACCCGAGCCGACGCAGCAUUUGGCUGAGCUGGCUUAGCAAUGGGCACUAUGAUGCUGUGCUAGAUCGGCAGUGCCCCAAUCCGGAAUAUGAGGAGUGGUGCAGACAAACUCAGGUGCAGCGCAGGAGAGAUGAGGAGCUGGCCAAGUCCAUGGCUGUGUCGCUGUCCAAGAUGUACAUUGAGCAGAAUGCCUGUUCCUGAGAUAGGCGCUACAUCCCUUGCCUGCUGUUCUGGUGCCUUAAUUGUUCUCCAUUUCUUCCUCCAGCAGUUGUAAUUCUUACAUGGAGUAAGAACUUUGAGGGGAAGGAAGGGAGAGUGAGAUUCGUAAUGAAUGCUUGUAUAUAUAUUAUCAGAUACCGGUUAUUUUCCUGUCUUUUCUUUUGUAUAUAUAACAUUUCUUCUAUUUAUGCUCUGUUCCUUAAGAGGGGAUUUUCUUCUUUUUUUUCUUUUUUGCACUUUUUUUAACCUUUGUUCACCACCAAAAUAAAAGUUAAUUUUAUUGUUUGUUUGCCUGUAGAUAUUUUUUUUUGGCCUAUAUGGCUGAUAGCCUAACAAUUAUUUUAUGUUAAUAUCUGAAACAUACACAAUAUCAUUUUUUCAAUGAAAAAUUGUACUGCUAGCCCACAAUUUUUUUGUCCUUUAUUAGAUGAAAAUUGAUUUUAGUUACCCUUUUAAAAAUUUAAUUUUAAUAUAAAGUUCAUUUUUACCUAGCAAUUUUUAGAGGAAUUAACCACUGCAGAGCAGGAUUUCUCAAGAUAAUUGGAAUGUGGCUUUUUCAACAAUGGUUAAGAGUGAUUGGGUCUCGUCUGUGUUCAGUUAGCUUGAGUAAGCUGGCUUUUCAUUUUAUUGUCUGAUUGGUCUUUUUUCUUUUUAAAUUACACAUAAACAAUGGUUUUAAAAGGUUGAAGAUACAUAAAAUUCUUCUUUAAAAGUAGUCUUGUUCUUUGUAGGAAUAUAAAUGCCUCCGGCCUGCCCCUUGAUAGUCCAUCAGCAUGUUUAUCACAUUCUUUUGUUUUCUAAUUGGCUUACUUUGGUAUUAUGUACAAAUGUAUUUAUACUAAGUUUGUAUGGUUUGCUGGGUCAAACAUUCAAGGUAGAAACCAUCCUCUUCCAUUUCUGAAUGAACUGAAAUGGUUAGAUAUAUUUAUUAAAUGGAGUUUGUACUUUUUUAUUUUGUGACUUUGGAAUUCAUACUGUAUUUGUAUAAUAGGGAUAUUCUUAGCUAUUCUGGAAUAAAUGUAUAGUUUUGCUUGGA